AUGUGUCUAGUCUACUCUUGGUGGACCGAUGGUGGCUCCCGCGUCACCUACACCAACGGUGCUGGCGGAAGCUACAGCGUCAACUGGGGAAGCGGUGGCAACUUCGUCGGUGGAAAGGGAUGGAACCCUGGAUCUGCCCGUACCAUCACCUACUCGGGUACCUACAACCCCAACGGCAACUCCUACCUUGCCAUCUACGGCUGGACUCGCAACCCGCUCGUCGAGUACUACGUCGUUGAGAACUUCGGAACUUACGACCCAUCUUCCCAAGCCUCGAACAAGGGUACAUUGACCGCCGACGGCUCUUCCUACAAGAUCGCUCAGUCGACCCGUACCAACCAGCCAUCCAUCGAUGGAACUAGGACCUUUCAGCAGUACUGGUCUGUUCGCCAGAACAAGCGUUCCAGCGGAUCCGUCAACAUGAAGACUCACUUUGACGCCUGGGCCAGCAAGGGCAUGACCCUUGGUAGCCACUACUACCAGAUCGUCGCCACUGAGGGUUACUUCUCCACUGGCUCCGCCUCCAUCACCGUCAACUGCCCGUAA